AUGAGGCAUUUCAUGAUAACAAUCCUGUGUAUUACGGGACGAAUUCUGUGUAUAGAACAUGAUUUUAAAGGCUUUGAUGACACAAUUUUGUUUACCAUAGAUUGGCCUGGCACCCCCGCCAAAUUAGAGAAUAUAGUAGACAAUAAAGAAUUCAAAGUUCAGGAAAGUGAAAAAUUAAAAGUCAAAACAACUCAAAAGGAGGAGUAUGAAUGCCAGUUACCGGUUUUAAAGGAUAGAGUUUCGACUAAUAUUGAAGACUAUAGUGGCCCAACACCGUUUGAUCUUCUCAAGCCAAUUUUUUCUCAGAAAAUUUGCUCCUAUCGUCUUGAAAGCUAUUGGAGCUAUGAAGUGUGUCAUGGAAGACAUGUGAGGCAGUAUCAUGAAGACAGAGAGGGUAAACAAGCUAAGACACAUGAGUUUUUUCUGGGAAGAUGGUCAGAGGAAGAGCAUUUAAAGUUAGGUGCAGAGAUUAAGGCAUUGCAGGAGGCAAAAGAAAAUUUCAAAACUACCAAAGUGGAAGGAAUGUCUCUACCGUAUGUGGAAAUUGCAAUGAGUGAUGGCACAAUCUGUGACCUUAGUGGAUCACCACGAAGAACCAGAGUUCUAUAUGUAUGCUACACGCAUGGUAAACACGAGAUUUACUCUAUGAAAGAAACAUCCACGUGUGAAUAUGAAAUUAUUAUCUUAUCCGGUUUGCUCUGCGACCAUCCACAAUUUAAACCAAAGGAUGACUCUGAAAAUGUCAUAAGCUGCCUACCUCUUAAGGGUGCCCCAAAGAAACCAGAAAAUCUAAUUAGGAGUGAAUUCGAAAGCCUAAGGUUUACCUACCAGUCUAUAAAAUUAAAUAAUAAUGACAAGGACAAAGAUGUCUUAGCCGUUUUGAAAGUUGAAAAAGUCGAAAAGGAUGGUGAAACGCAUUUGAAGUUUGAAUUGCAUCCUUUGGCUGAAGAGGGGGAUAUUAUUCAGGAUACAAAAGGGACAGCAGCAUUGGACAAACCCAUUCCGAUAUCCGAUGAUUCACCUGUAAGGGCGUUUUUAAAUGGGGAGAAUUGUUUGAAUGGAGGCACUGGCUGGUGGAAAUACGAGUUCUGUUACGGGCAGCAUGUUGUUCAGUAUCAUAUAGAUCGCGCUGGUGAACGUACUUCGCUGAUUCUUGGCGAAUUUGAUGAAGCAACUCAUUUGGAGUGGAUCAGGGAGAACAGGGCUAAAGCGCCCAAACCAGUCGAAGUCCGCACGUCGGUGUCCCACUUCUACUCGAACGGCGAUAUUUGCGACAAAACCGGAAAACCCAGACAGACUGAGGUGAAGCUCAAAUGCUUAGAGAACUCGUCCAGCCCGGCCCAGGUGUCUCUCUACCUUCUGGAGCCGAGGACCUGCAAUUACAUCCUUGGCGUGGAAUCGCCCUUGAUCUGCGAGAUAUUGCCCUUGGCGGACGAGAACGGUUUAAUUAAGAUGAAGCCCAAAGAUGAUAAGAAUGAUUAG